AUGGCUUCAUCUCGUUUAUUUAAUAAUAUUGGAAGAAUUGGUAUUGGUUUAGGUAUUGGUGGUGGUGUGAUUAAUUCUAAGCUUUAUAAUAUUGAUGGUGGUCAUCGAGCUGUUAUUUUUGAUCGUUUUCAACGUGUUAAACUAGAUGUUAUUGAAGAAGGAACUCAUUUUAUGAUUUCAUGGCUUCAUAGACCAAUUAUAUUUGAUGUUCGUACACGACCACGAUCUGUUCCAUCAAUAACAGGAACAAAAGAUAUAAAAGCUAGAGAAAAACAGUCGACUUCAGAAGAUUGGUAA